GUAGUAAAAGCUCACUGACGUCACACUGGCGGGGUUUUUGCACUUUUCCUGUACCUCGUCGUUCACGGUAACAGUUAACACUUGGAGGUGGUUAACUGUAAACAUAAUUUGAGCAACAGCAAACAUUACCCAACCUGUUCCAGAUUCAGUGUAUGAGUGUGUGCUUCACGAUGAAUGGGGCCCGCUUCCUGGAGGUUCUGUCUUACCUGGGCUACCCAGAAGCCUCCUCUCUGAAUCCCUCAGAUUUCGACACCAUGUUUGACGGUACGCCAGAGAACAAGGAGUUCAUGCACUUGUUCUGCAGCCUUGGUUCUCAGAAUGUCCUGUCAGAUGAAGAACACCAGGCUUACCAUGCCCUGGAGGUGUCUGGUAAACCCAUCCUAACAGAGAAGGUUCUGGAGCAGAUGGAACUCCUGAAGAGUUCAGCAGGGCCUGAGGGGGAAGAGGAGGAAGAGGAGCCAGAGGGGAGGAGCGUUGAGCAGCUGCAGCAGGAGCUCGAGGAGCUGCGCAGACACCAGCGCUUGAGGCAGAGGCGUCUGCAUCAGCUGCAGGGCCUGAGACGUGCACGGGACGACCAUGCUUCAGCCUUGGCCGACUACACACAGAGCCAGAUCCAGAGUGAGGGGGGCGAGGGUGGGGACACAGUCAAGGCUAUUGCAAGGGAGAACAUGGCCACCAAUGCAGCUCUCCAUGACCUGAAGGAGGAGGUGGAGAGGCUGCAGAGCCUGACGGUGAUGAACGAGGGCGUCCCAGAGGUGCAACAGCAGGAGAAGCUGAUGGAGCAGUGUGCAGGAUUUUCAGCUGCUUUGCUCUGCCAGCUCCCUUUGCACCCAUACCUAAAGAAGGUACAGCUCACCCAUCAAUGUAUUAUGGAUCUCUACAAGAGGAGAUCUAGUCUGCUGGAGGAGCAGCGAGGUGUGGUGGAGACAAAGGUGGACGAGGGAGAGGGAGAGGGAGAGGCGCAGCACACCAGGAGAGAGAUGGCAAAGCUGCAAACGGCACACAUGCUGAUCCACGGUCAGCUGCUCCAGGCACGAGCAGAGGAGGCAGGAGCCAUUGCCUCUAAGGAGUGGCUCUGUCAGCAGAAGCACCCCAACGUGAAGGUGAGAAACAGACUACAGAACAGACAGUCAGACAAAGGUCUGUAUAGGUCGCCGUCUGACUCUGACUCUGACUCUGACUCCGCCCCUGCUGUAGCUAAGGAGCGCGUGUGCUCGGCGCUGUGGAGGCGCACCCAGCAGCUGUGCUCCGCCCUCCUGCGGGGCCACGCGCACGAGCAGGGGGAGCGGGCGCAGCGGCACGCGCUCCUGCAGGAGGGGCUCCUGGGGGAGCUGCUGCAGCAGAAGGCCCAGCUGGACCUGCUGCACCGCACCCUGGGCACGGAGCGCCAGGGGCACGCGCACGCUCACGCCCACACCCGGAGCGUGGCGCGGGGGCUGAGGGAGGAGGCCGUGGAGGCCGCAGACCGCUCCAAAGAGCUGGAGAACCUGCAGGAGAACACACCGCAGCCAGACCCCAUCCUCAGCGCCACAGAGCCCACAGUACAGAGGUUGUUGCAGGUGUACGAGGCUCCUGAGAAGGCCGAGGGUUGGUUAGCCGGCGCGGCCGACAUCAACAGCGUGGCGUCUGAGCGGCGGGCCGAGCUCCAGCGGCUGGGGGAGGCGGAGGGGGAGGCGGAGGCUGAGCGGCGGCGGCUGGUGUCAGGCCUGGAGAGGGACAGCAGGCGUCUGAAGCGCUGGGUGGAACCCCAGCCAGGCUCAGGUCAUGCUGCCUCUCCAGCCCCCCACACCUCCCAGCUCUGUCCCAGCUCACAGGAGUUGACACGGGUCGUACGGGAGCUGGAACAGCAGAGCGGCUCCCUCUACAAGCAUCUCCAGGAGGUGGCACUAGAGUUGAGCUCCAAGCGCACGCAGCUGGAGCGCAGCGCCACCCUGAGGAGAGGGAGGGAACUGUACACUCUCUUCCACCUGGACCCUGCCACUCUGAUCCGACUAGUGGAGGACCAGGAGAAGAGAGAAUAGAACAGGCACAGCAGGCCCUUGCCUGCGCCGAGAGGUGCCCUUUUAAACGACUGUCAUUGUGUCCUUCACUGGAACCAGGAUGAAUGCCCAGGUGCUGCCAGCCGGCAUACUGUGGGGUUGGGUGAUUGGGGUUUUUGAUUCAGAUGAGUUGAAUCUGUUCAUUUACAGAUUUUGCCUGAGGAGGUACAUGAAUGGAAACAUGAAUGAACUCUUUCUCCAUGUCUCAUCACACUGGCGCUCCAGGGCGUCUCUGAGCACACGGAGACAGUGAUGGUAGAAGUUGUUGAUGAUCAUUAUACAAAAGAGAAGAUUAAGUUGUUGGCCUGUAUAUAAUGUAUUUGUUAGAUUUUUAAAAAAUUUUUUUAGCAAGUUCAUUGAUUUAUUAGACUCAUAAAUUCAUUUAUAUUCCACAUGAAUUGUGAAUAAUAACAUUUCUGACAUUGCCUGUUUAUUAGGCAGUUAUUAACUUAAACAGCGAUGCAUAUUCAUGGAUCUCAAUGUAACAGAAAAGACAAAUAACUAAACAAUUCCAAAGCGUUUGU